AAAUAAUUUAAAAGAACUUAUAGAAAAUAAUAAUAAUGAUGAUAAUGAUGAAAAUAAUGAUGAAAAUAAUAAAACAAAUAAAACACAAUUUUUAUCAGCACAAGAUAGUAUUAAUUUAAAAUAUUUAAUAGCUCUUAAUGAUAUAUAUAAUUGGUAA